UUAUUUUUGAAAGCUGAUCAUGUGUCCGAAAUUUCUGAGACAGCCUGUCCUGAAAAAAUCUUGCCAGAAGUAAAUACAUCUCAAAUCACUCCAGUUAAAGCAGAUGAUAAUGAUCUCACGAAUCUUAAGGAGGAAGAUUUCUGUGGCAAUAUGUCAGCAGAACCA